AAACUGCUUGGCUCUGUUGGUUCAGUUGCAUCUCACUUCAGUGCCUGUGUCCUGCAGCCUGGGCUGGGGGAUGGGGCUGUCCUUGUGUCUCAAUGGGCACAUGCUGAUGGGAAGCAGGGUGUGGGGCACCCAGCCUCUUACUCCUGGUACUGAGGUGUGGGAUAGCAGUGGGCUGGGCCCUGUGCCACAUGGCAGUGUGUCAUCACAUCCCAGUGCUGCUGUAAAGACUUCAGAAAUAGCCCCUGGGCUCCCGCUGGGCCUGCGGGGGAGGCACAGCCAGGAACUGGGCUGAAGACGAUUUCCCAGAUUCCGGUCUGGUCUCAAUCAGCCCUGACAGAUUAUUUUGUGAAAUAAAUAAACUAAUUUAGGGCAGAUGGAUCUUACGUGGGUUUGGCGUUUCCUGGCAGCAGAACAGGGUCAGCGCUCGGCCAGCAGGGAGGGCCCCAUGGCUCGGCCCCAUGGCUCAGCCCCAGGGCUCUGUGGGGAGGAGGGGGGCUGUCACCCCACUGCACCCCACAUCCACGUGCAUGUCCAUGAGCACGGCAGUGCCCACACUCGCUCACAUGGGCAAUGCUGUUCCAGCCCCGGGGCAGCAUGAAACAGACUUCCGCCUCCUUAUCCAGCCAGCGGAUCGCUGGGGAGGCGGCAAUGAGGCCCUGGAGCCUGAGCAAGCUGAACGACCCAGGGAAAUGCCUGUGCUGCUCCCACUGCUUUAACUGCUGCCUCGCCGGAUGAGAUCCCUCUAUAGGGACUGAGAUCCUUCUAUAGGGAUGUGGUGCUCCCUCACAUGGGAGGGAGCUGCGGAGAUGCUCCUUUUUGGGUGAGGGGAUGAACCUUGGCUCAUUAAUGCCAGGGACAGCUGUGGGGCUUCCCUGGAGCACGGCACUGGAUGAGCCCUGCAAGGGCAGUGGAUGGGGAUGGGGAAAUCUGGGAUGAGGCCCAGCUGCAGCACGAGGAGUCAGGGUGUGGAGGGCAGAGCUCGUGGCUCUCAGCCUCCCUGCAAGGCUCCACCCCCACUCUCCUGCGACUUUCAUAACCCAGCGUGCUGCCACGUGUCUGCACAGACCCCGGCUGCCUUGGGGACACGGGGCUCAUCUUGUGCUCCAGUUGAUAUGUCCAACUCAGUACUCUGAGGUCAGGAUGGGAGCAGAGGGCUGAGCAGUGCAGGGAGCUGUAGAACCUGCCCCAUGGACAAGGGGUGGCCCUGGCACAUGGAAAAGCGAUGGCAGAUUGAGUUUUAGAUGGGGUGCAGCAAUCCACCUUGGAGUUAACACAGGCUGCCUUGUCCUCGCCGCACUGUGACACCAAAUACUUCAACUCAAGUGUAGCCCUGGAGCUCAUGCACCUUCCUCUCCCCUGUAGGAACAGUGGGACAGAGCUGUCAUCUCCCUCUUCAGGCAGCAGGUACUGUCUCACCUCCUCAUCCUCCCCGCGGGUCACCGGGUGCUGCAGCUGCUGGGUGGGACGUGCGGUGUUGGCAGGGCUGAGCCUUGGAAUCCAGGGGAUCCACGUCAGAGCAGCAGGACUUGUGGCGUGACAGAGGAAACUCAUCCACUCGUGGUAUUCCUGCAGUACUCCUGCAGCACCGCCGGGCAUUGCCAUCCAAAAGAGCUGCAGAUCAAAGGCUGGGGUAGAUUUCUAUCAUCUCUAGUUAGUCACACAGCUCCAGGCAGCAGCUUAGCAUGCACAACCCAGCAGCUGGUUUGGAAAGAUGACUCGCUGCCAGGUGAUUGCCAUCCUCCUGCUUUCCUUCCUUCCCAGGACCGCAGCUGGGAGUUCGCUUCCCACCCUCGUUCCCCGGUCCACGGUGCAGCUGGGCAGAGCGCAGUUCUCGGCACGGGCCGUGCUGGAGUUGGCUACACGCUGUGACCAGGCGUGUGUCCGGAGGGAGGCCGCCCUGCUCCCCCAGGACUUCCAGGAGUACCUCUUUUAUGAGACGCUGUACGCCAACGGCACCCGCACUCUCACCACGGUGGAGCUGAGCCCCGGUGAGGGCAGCACGGAGAGGAGGUGGCCGAGGAGACGCAUGCGGCGCAAGCGACAGAUUUACGGCACGGAUGGGCGGUUUUCCAUCAGUGGGAACCACUUCCUGAUGGACUACCCCUUCUCCACCACAGUUAAGAUCUCCACGGGGUGCACGGGGGUGCUGGUGUCCGAGCAGCACGUCCUCACGGCUGCCCACUGUGUCCACGAUGGCCGAGACUAUGUGAAGGGUGCCAAGAAGAUCAAGGUGGGCUUCCUGACGCCAGCCAAUGGCACGGGGAGGCCGGUGAUGCGCUGGGCUCGUGUGCGGCGCACGCAGGUGCCCAAGGGUUGGAUCCAGAGCCUCAACUCGGUCAGCAUGGACUAUGAUUACGCCCUUUUGGAGCUGCGCAGACCGCACCGGCGCCCGCACAUGGAGCUGACUGUGGCUCCGGCAGCGGAGGAAAUGGCUGGGAAAAGGAUUCAUUUCUCAGGGUUUGACAGUGACCGGCCGGGAGAGCUGGUGUACCGCUUCUGUGGGGUGGAAGAUGAGACGGCACACCUCAUCUACCAGCACUGUGAUGCCAGGCCUGGCGCAUCUGGCUCUGGGGUGUAUGGCAAGGUGUGGGAUCCCGUGCGGCACAAGUGGGAGAGGAAGGUGAUCGGCAUCUUCUCUGGGCAUCAGUGGCUGGAAGUGGGGGGGGAGCAGCACGACUAUAACGUUGCUGUUCGCCUGACUGCUCCCAAGUUUGCUCAGAUUUGUUAUUGGAUCAGAGGGGACUAUAAAGGCUGCCAGAAUGAAUGAGAACUGGAGCCUUCCUCCUCCCGUCCCCAGUGCAGACGGCUCUGAGCGUGGUGUUUGUGAGUGAGGAUGAGUGUGAGGAGCGCUGCCUGCCAGAACUGCUCUGCUGCUAAACUUAAUUCUAUCCUGGAGUGACAAGGUCUCUGCAACACACACAGGAUCCAGUGGAGAGACUCGGCUAAGCCUGAAGAGUGUUUAAAGCUCUUCUGGUGAACUCAACAUCGGACUUCUUUGCUAGAGAGUCAGGUCUGGGCUGCUACCUGCAGCAGGUUAACUGCUAGCAGCUCUUACAGUUGGUCACUGCAUGCCUGUUUUCCAGCUGCACUGUUUCCCUUGGGUCACUUCAGGUGUCUCGGUUUGCUGGCUGUGCUGCCCUGCUCGGCACUGCCCCAGUUCUGUGAGGACAAAGGACUUUUUCUUCUAACGGCGCCUUUGUGUGCCUGAUGAAAGAUGCCUGGAAAGCAACCCUGGAGCCUGAGGUUUUUGGGCACAGUGCUCCAGCAAGGAGUGCAGCCAGGGCAGGAGGGGCUGCUCCAGCAUGCUGGCAGCACUGGUUUUUGAUCACACCCCUGGCAAGGAUGGCUCUUCUGACUGCUGCAGUGUGGUGCCAUGUAGGUACCUACAUGCUGCAGCAAAGGCUAAGAGCUGGGAUUGCCUACUUACUUGUAAACCUUCUCAUCUCUCUUUAAUUCUCUGUGGGAUGGGUGGCUUUAGAAGGAAGGCAUUUACUACAGCUGUAGUAUUUGAGAUGGAUUCUUUUAAGCAAAUACAUGUAUUUGAAUAAAUGUCAGCACAAAUCUCUUUGCAAAUGUUAUGCCGAAAGGGGAAUGGUGCACAGCUUGCCAACACUGGUCUGGGACCUGCGUAAGGAGGGAGGUACUCUCCCUCCAGGCAGAGAUGAGCAGGACAUGCAGACCUGUGCAGAGAAGAAAUUGCAGUAUCUUGAGAAGCAGGGACAGACAUGCCUGCCACAACCAUGGAACAGCCCACGCAGGUGCUCGACUAAACAUUUUUCUACAUGUUCUGUCACACACACAGGAAUUACGUGACCAACAGGGCAUAUCAGGGGCAAACUGAGAGCUUGCCUUGUUUCCCUACCUCAUAUAAAUGAGAUUCUGUUGCUACUAGAAGAGUUUCA